AAAUGGUUUAACAAAAUGUUGUAUAUAAAGGGACAUGUAACAAUCGAUUUAUCAAGUUAUUUUUUUCGGUACGGAGAAUAGAAAAAAUAUGAAGCCACUAUAUUUUAUACUUUUUUCGUUGCUGCUAUCCAUUCAGUUGGUUAAAAGUCAAGAAGUUAUCACAUUCAUUUCAAUAUUGGAGGCAUUAUACUCACAAAAGCCACAAUUGACUAAUAAGCUGAAUUUCGUAGCCGCAAUUGCCGAAUUAACCCCAGAAAUAGAAGAUGAACUUCAGCCCAUUACAAAAAUUGAAGACAACGGUUGGCUAGACCAGCUGCAAUAUGUGAAAGAAUACACUGAUCAAAUUGUCGCAGCGACUAAAACUAUUGACGAAGCAAAUCAAGAAAUUACUUCGCUUCUUGCAUUUGAAAAGCCGAACGAAGGUGACAUUGAAUUUUUUCAAGAAUAUCACAGCUUCUUGAAAUCCACUCUAAAUAGGAGUUUAAAAAGUGGGUUAACAGAGAUGAAAUCGGCAUUCCAAGCUAUGCAUCAACAUUUCGAUUAUUAUAUGAGUGCAUCAAUUUCUCAUAAAAAAGAAAUUGUAAAAAAUAUUGUUAUGAUAAAUCGAACAUUAUUACAACUUCCACGUAAAACACAUAAAAAAAUUAUUGAAAAUUAUAUAGCUGAUCUAUUUAAAUACGCCGGACAAGCUGUCUCCGAAAUAAUUCCUUAUCUUCAAAAUCUUGAAAAAUUGAAGGACGUUCUGGAAAACUACAACAGUGCACGUACCUCAUGGGUUGAAUUUUUGAUUGGAAUGAGACAUGGACCCUCAUCGGCUAGAAUAUCAAAAGGAAUGAAACCUAGAAAUUUCCGCUAAAUGAUUUUGGCUACGAAAAAGAUUUUUUAUCCAAAAACUAAAAUUUAACAUCUAUUCACAUGCAUUAUUACUAUAUAAAUUUAACGCAAUAUGUUUAACAUUUUACGUAUUACAUUAAAUUGUUCUUUGCGAAUUAUUUUGUGUGCAUGAAAUAUUCUCCUGAUUUGCAAAAUAAAAACACAAAACAUUCAUUUU